UGCUGCCUGCCUGGCAGCGUUCAAGGAGCUCUGGGCAACACUCUUGGACAUAUGGUCUAGUUGUAGGUAAUCCUGUGAGGCACAAGGAGUCGGGCUCAAUCCUCAUGGCCCCCUUCCAACUUGAGUCCAUUCUAGGGGACCUGGGGACCAACCAGGAGAUAGGGAUGGAGAAGACUUGGGGACCAGCCGGGGGGGUGGAGGGGACCUGGGGACCCUCUGGGAUGGACAGGGGGGAUUUGUGAACUGGCCAUGUCCUGGGGAUGAGCUUCCCGCAUGGAUCACCCCUCGCCACAGGCUGAGCACGUGUCCCCUGUCCCACGGCCACAGCCCCUCUGCUCCCCUUCCCUGCUCAGUCUCUCCACAGCCAUGAAGGUGAAGCUUUGCAUCGGCCUCAUCCUCACCAUCGCAGCCACCGCCUGCCUGUGCCGGCCCGCAGCAGAGGCCCCAGGCGCUGGGAGGGGUCCCCCCCAGCCCCCAGGCAGCCUGGUCCGGCGGGACUGGCCAGAGCCCCUGUCCCAGGAGCAGAAGCACCUCAUCUCCAGGUUCCUGCCCCACGUCUUCACAGAGCUGCGUGACCACAAGGGCUACGAGGGGAUGGAGGAUCUGCACGACCUCUACUACCCCGACUGGAUGGACUUUGGCCGCCGCAGUGCUGAGGACUCAACCGAUGCCGUGUAGCGACCGCGCAGCGCAGAGCACCAGCACACUCGGUGCACGUCCCUUCCUGCAAUAAAGCCUUGGCACUACGGGUGCUGCUGGUCACGGCCUUGCUGGGAGGAGCUGGGGAGGGGGGAGAUGGACGGUGGGAUUGACCCCCAGCCCCAGCAGGAA